AUUGAUACCAGAAAAUAUUCAUAAUUCUAUUAAAAUUGAUGAUAUAGAAUGUCAAAAACCUUGUGCUCGUGUUACACGAUCACAUGUUCAUGUAUAUGCAAUACCAACUAAAUGUGCUUUAGGAUCUUUUAUUGAAUUAUUUGAAAAAGAUAUUAAUCGAAAACUUUAUCAAAUACUUGAACAAAUGAAUAUUGAAAAUUAUUUAAUGAUAAAACAAGAUAAAUCAAUAUAUUUAUUUGGUGGUUUUUCAACAAUAAUUGAUGAUAAUGAUAUAAAAAGUCAAAUUGAACGAGGUUUAACAACAAUAUUUCUUUAUGCAAUUCGAACAGAAAAUUUUCUUUCAACUAUUGAUCUAUUUAAUUCAAAUGAUGUUUCAUCUGAAUUAAAAAAUGAAAUUAAUUAUGCUAGAACUUGUUUUGGACUUUAA